GGAAUUUCGUUCCCAUUAGCGUAGCAUAAUGGAUCUCACCUAACGAGAGAGGCUAUCCAGUUAUUCCAGUUCAGAAGUCGUUGACCUACUUCGAUCGACUGCACACGUCAUUCUGUUGCUUUGCUGGGCCUUCGUGUAUUCUAAUACGUUUUUGUUUGUUUUGGUUUUGCGGAACAAACUUCCGAAAACAAAUCCAAGCAACCUUAUGAAACGUCGGUUUCAUUCUGCUGUUGUUAUUUAGUUUGUAGCCAGGAAGUAGGCUGCAAAUCAAUUGUUUAUUUUUUUCUUUGCUAUGGCAACUUAAAUCGUGCUUAACACUUUGCAUACGACAGUAGCAGCAGCAGCAGCAGUUUGCUCAAGGAGAAAUCGGUGAUCUUAAGCUCGCGUUUUCGCUUUCAAUUUAAUGCUUGUCAUCAUGGAUUCGGUUUCACUAUUGUCUCAACAGAAGCGCAUUGUAUUCUGACUACAAUCUGUUAGGCAACACAGCUACCAGUUAAACAUAGUUACUAGCGAGUAAUCGAUUGCGAACACAAAACAACAACUGUGCAACACUAAGCGGUUUCUCACGUCGAAAAACGCAGUCAAACUGCGUUGCACAAUGCCACAACCCCCGCUGCUGGCUACCUUGCACGACGGCGUGGGAAGUGAGGAUUGAAUUUGGUUUGUUUACCAUUUGCUGGAACGCAAAAGUUUGCUCCACUUCGCUCGAGCAAGAUCAACAGCCAACAAAGGAUGGCCACCGUAGUCGCACCAUCUAGUUCCGUUGGAGCAAGCCUGAUCGUAGCCUCGAAGGGUGCCGUUACAGGUGGCAACAGUGCCGAAGAGGGCAAGGAGCUAAACAGUAUAGUAUUCGAGUCGUUCAGCCACACCGGAACCAUUCUGAAGGGACUCAACGAGCUGCGGAUCAAGGGCGUACUGGUAGAUGUGGCACUGCGAGCUGAUGAGAAAAUCUUUCGGGCUCACCGUGCCGUCCUGUCCGCGUGCAGCGAGUACUUCCGGGCGAUGUUCUCGAGCCACACGCGCGAAUCCCGGCUGAGUGAGAUCAACCUGUCCAACGUGUCCCCGCUGGGGAUUGAACUACUGCUGGACUACAUCUACACUGCCAAGCUGACGCUGAACCUGGCUAACAUUCAGGAGGUCCUGUCGGCUGCCAGCUACAUCCAGCUGGAGUCGGUCGUCGAGGCGUGCCUCAACUAUCUCGACCAGCAGCUCGAUCUGGACAACUACAUCGAUGUGCUAAUCAUUUCCGAAAUGUACUCGCUGAAACGGCUGAAUCACAAGGUGUAUCGUUUCAUCUGUCAUCACCUGAAUGUGAUUUCCAAAUCAGCGGAAUUUUUCCGACUGAGCGAGCGACAAAUCGAGCUAAUUUUGGCAGGGGAUUACCCGGUAACCUGUACAGAAAUUGAGGUGCUGGGAAUUUUACUGCGCUGGAUUCAGGUGAACUGUGAUGAACCACGAUGCGACCCGGCUGCCAACUAUCGACAGUUGAUUCGCAAUCAUAUACGCUUUAUGGAUAUUUCCCUGCAGGAACUGUACAACCUGCUCUGCUCGGAUGAAUUUCAGUUUCGUUGGAUUGAUAGAUACGAACUGUACGACUUCAUCAUGAAGAUUGGGGAGCAACAGUGCAUCAAGUAUAAAAUUUCUCCCCUGAAUAAGAUCCAGAACUACCGUGGGUUAGAGCUGGCGAUUAUCAAAAUUGGGGGCUUUGAUCUGUCUGGAAUUACGAAUGAAAUCACGUACUGUUUUCCGGGAAGUUCCUGUCCCAAUCAAGUUGGGAAAAUCAAGCUGAUCCGGAAUCGUUCCCUAGGCGAAGCUAGUUCCAGUCAGACGGCUGUUCCGAAUGAACGUGGCUCGAAAGUCGCACCGUUAACCUCGUCGUUAGCCACCAAGCGUAAAGAUGUGAAACUGAAUGGUAAAUGGCGCUACCUCACAACGAUCCCCCACAUUAAGCAGAGUAAUUUCGGAGUGGUAGUGCUAAACAAUCACCUGUACGUGAUAGGCGGAUGUUACGAUAUUUCACUAGAAGAGUACAUCCAUCCGUUCGGGUUUCGCUACUGCCCGAUUAAAAAUAAAUGGGAAACGAUAGCUCCCCUCCAGCAGGACCGUUGUCGCUUCUCGCUCAACGUAGUCGGCCAUAGUCUAAUCGCUGUUGGUGGUAACAGUGAAAUGGAUGAUGAUGGUGAUCGAUCGGUGUCAACCUGCGAGCAGUACGAUCCGAUAGCUGAUAAAUGGACCUACAUUGAAUCACUGCCAGAGUACCGAACUCAACAUGCUGGAGCUGCGUUCGGUGCUACGCUUUAUGUAUCUGGUGGAUUGGAUCUCUACAGUGGGGUACUUGGGACGCUCUGGAGCUACUACAGUUUCAACGAGAAGUGGGAAAAGUUAGCGAAUAUGUUGCAUCCUCGGGCGGACCAUGUGAUGUUCACCAUCAACCGAAAGCUGUACGUCUGCGGCGGUUGGUACGAGGUUAACGGACAGCGCGUCCUGGCCGACAGUAUCGAUUGCUAUGAUCUGUUUAGUAAAUCACCAGCCUGGCAUCGGGUAACGCAAAUUCCUACCCCCAAGUAUCAUGCGGGAAUCGUUGCAGUGCAGGAGAAAAUCUACAUCAUCGGUGGGUUCGGAUCCGAUGACAUUUUUCGCCACACAGCCGCCAGCAUUGAGUGCUACAAUGUUGCCGAGGAUCGGUGGUACAGUUUGAAAAAGUAUCCCAAAAACGUUUGGGAGCAUACGUGUGCGAAUUUGUAUAUUCCGAAGUAUCGGGACGAUAUGGAGGUUAUCGACGACAAUGGGGGCGAUGAUGAUGAUGAUGACGACGAAGACGACGAAGAUGAUGACGAGGAAGAGGAAAAGAAUGACAGGGACGAUGUGCUCGACGAUGAAAGUGAUAAUGCUAACAGUAGCGCCAUUUAGAAGAGAAUUUCAACGUAAAAGAAGCUCUCUGCGGUUUAGGAUAAGUCCGUACGAAAAGUACAGGAGAUAUUUAUUAAAUUAUAUUCGUUGGUUA